AUGGCCUUUGCGCUGCAUCCUCCUGUGACGCCACGGCCGUUGCCAGGCAACCGCGAACGCCUUGGUGGCCCAGGCACGGGCGAGCCCGGGCUCCGGAGGAGGCGGCGGUGGUGCCAGCUGGGACCCUGGGAGUGUCCCAAGCGCCCGCUCCUCCCGCCGCGGCCCCGUCCCCGCCGCAAGCCCCUGCCCCGCGCGGGCACCGGCCGCGCCAUGGCCGCGGAGGAGGUGAAGGUGGUCCUGCGCUGCCGGCCCAUGAACCUGCGCGGCCAUUGCUUCAUCCAGAACCCGGGCGCCGCCGAGGAGCCCCUCAAGCAGUUCACCUUCGACAGCGCCUACCACACGGACCACGUCACCGAGCAGAUCUACAAGGAGAUCACCUACCCGCUGGUGGAGGGUGUCACCAAGGGCUACAAUGGCACCAUCUUUGCCUAUGGCCAGAUGGGCAACAGAAAGUCCCUCACUAUGCAGGGCCUGCCGGACCCGCCCUCCCAGCGGGGCAUCAUUCCCAGGGCCUUUGAGCACCUGUUUGAGAGUGUGCAGUGUGCAGAGAACACCAAGUUCCUGGUGCGGGCCUCCUACCUGGAGAUCUACAGUGAGGACGUGCGGGAUCUGCUAGGAGCAGACACCAAGCAGAAGCUGGAGGUGGGUGAGCACCCGGAGAAGGGCAUGUAUGUGAAGGGGCUGUCCAUGCACACGGUGCACAGCGUGGCACAGUGCGAGCGCAUCAUGGAGAGGGGCUGGAAGAACCGCUCGGUGGGCUACACCCUCAUGAACAAGGACUCCUCGCGCUCCCGCUCCAUCUUCACCAUCAGCAUCGAGAUCUACGCUGUGGAUGAGCGGGGCAAGGACCACCUCCGCGCUGGCAAGCUGAAUCUGGUGGACUUGGCGGGCAGCGAGCGGCAGUCCAAGACAGGAGCCACCGGGGAGCAGCUCAAGGAGGCCACCAAGAUCAACCUGUUGCUGUCAGCGCUAGGCAACGUCAUCUCGGCACUGGUGGACGGGCGCUGCAAGCACAUCCCGUACUGCAAUUUGAAGCUCACCCAGCUGCUACAGGACUUGCUGGGCGACAACACCAAGACGCUGAUGAUGGCCUGCCUGUCGCCUGCUGACAACUACUACGACGAGUCCCUGAGCACGCUGCGCUAUGCCAACCUGGCCAAGAACAUCAAGAACAAGCCGCGCAUCAAUGAGGAGCCCAAGGACGCGCUCCUUCACAAGUACCAGGAGGAAAUCAAGAAGCUCAAGGCCAUCUUGGCCCAGCAGAUGGGCCCUGGCGGCCAGACAGCCCUACUGUCUGGCCAGGAGCCCCAGAGUCGCGGCCAGGGUGAGGAGAAGCUGAUCCCACCUGUGAACCAGCAUGACGCUGAGACUGAGAAACAGCUCAUCCGGGAGGGACAGUUUGGCUCCUGCCACUCAACAUGA